GGAGUUCCAGGCGUUCGCAGCUCCGUGGGUUCCUGCCUUUCUCCGUGGAUCCAUGUAGUUUCUACGACUGAAAAGGACAGAAAGGCCCGUAUAACGGUCACUGGAUCGUUUCUUUUCACAUGCGCCUCCGACUGGAAUAAAUAACUGAGGAAUGUGGAAAUUACAGAAUGCCCAACAGCGCUGGAAAGAGAUUUAAACCCACCAAAUACAUCCCGGUAGCCACAGCUGCCGCGCUCCUUGUGGGAUCCACCACUUUAUUCUUCGUGUUCACGUGCCCCUGGUUGACUAAGGUGAUCUCUCCAGCUGUGCCUCUCUACAAUGGCCUGGUCUUCCUCUUUGUCUUGGCCAACUUCAGCAUGGCGACGUUCAUGGACCCUGGAGUUUAUCCCAGAGCGAACGAGGACGAGGACAAGGACGAUGAUUUCCGAGCGCCGCUCUACAAGAACGUGGAGAUCAAGGGCAUCCAGGUCCGGAUGAAGUGGUGCGCCACCUGUCACUUCUACAGGCCGCCACGCUGCUCGCAUUGCAGUGUCUGUGACAACUGUGUGGAGGACUUUGACCAUCACUGUCCAUGGGUGAACAACUGCAUUGGCCGGAGGAACUACCGCUUCUUCUUCCUGUUCUUGUUGUCCCUGACGGUGCACAUGGUGGGAGUUUUUGCCUUUGGUCUCAUCUUUGUCCUCCAUCACCGAGAGCGACUGAGUGCACUGCACACCACCGUCACUCUGGUGGUGAUGUGCAUUGCUGGGCUUUUCUUUAUUCCAGUCAUGGGACUCACAGGUUUCCACAUGGUGCUGGUGGCUCGAGGCCGAACGACCAAUGAGCAGGUGACGGGCAAGUUUCGUGGAGGAGUAAAUCCCUUCACCAAGGGUUGCUGUGGCAACAUGGAGUACGUCUUGUGCAGUCCCCUAGCACCGAGGUACACUACAGAUCCCAGAAAAAAGGCCCCCAUCAAACUUCAGCCUCCAUUCAUCAGACCAGAGCUCUCAGACAGACAAAUCACUGUCAGGGUCAGCAACAAUGGCAUCCAUGGCACCAUUGUCAGCUCCAAGUCUAAAAGCAGUCUGGAUGGUCUGGAUGACAAAGAGACCCAGCCGCCCCUGCCACCCAAAGCUGACAGGUACAACCCCCUGAAAAGCCAGCUGACCUCCAGCGAAGAGAGUUCUCUCUCUGGAAAGACCCACCCACCUACCCCAGCCAUGUACAAAUUCAGGCCCUCUUUUGGCACCAUACCCAAAGUCCACUACCACACUGCUGGUGAGAAGAUUGUCAUGCCUGAUGAUCGGAACACUUCAGCCAUCUUGGAAGAAGGUGUACGCAGUCAUGACUACCGAUCUGAGCCAAACCUGGACCUGCCAGAGUACGGCAAUGCUCCAUUGCACCGCACCUUCCAGUCCUCUCCCCUUCAGCUGGACUCUGACCCUGUCAAUCCUCGCUCAGUCAGCCUGAAGCAAGUUAACCCGCAGCUGAAGAAAGGCCAACUACCAGCUCAGACAGUCACUUCUACACCCUACAAAAGUGUCUAUGUUCCCAACACACUGUCCAACCGUAACGGUAGCCUGUCCUAUGACAGCCUCCUCAACCCCAGCAUCUCUCCAACCAGUGAGGGCAUGGCCCACCGCGGUGUUCCCCCCAUGGGAUUCCACUCACCAUAUCUGCCCACCAAGACGUGCCACAUCAGGGAGCCCGAACUGCAAAGGCAAAAGGUUACCCCCACUUAUAGUCCAGUGCUGCCACCUAGAGGGGUGGGGAGGCAGUCCCCUCACUCAAGGGACAGAGACCCUUCCCCAGUACGCUACGACAACCUUUCACAGACCAUCAUGGCUUCCAUACAAGAGCGAAAGGAACUGGAGGAGAGAGAGAAGCUGCAUAUGCGACACGGGUGCUCACAGACUAAUAUCUACGUCCAGGACUCUAGAAUUUUUGAUGGUCCAGGGAGCUAUGGUCUACCCGCCAAUUCCUCCUAUCCAGAUGGCCCUCGAGGCCCAAGCUCCAGAGGCUCAACACCCCCAGCCUAUGGAGGUUCCAGGGACAAUCUGAAGAGUGUUGGGUUGGUGGGCUAUGGCCAGCGAACCCCUGUGUUGCGUCAUGCUGGCUCCACGCUGGGCCGUGCCCCUAGGACUUCAUCCGGUUCACUACACACAGAUCACAGUAGCACUAACAGCUGCCAGGGUAGAGCCACUGGGCCUGAGGCCCCUUAUCGGUCCCCGGCACAUCAGACCCACUCCCCUGCAAUGCCCAGAUCCCCGUCCUAUUCCCACCAGCAGUUCUCCUACAUCAGUGCUCUUGAGAGGACAGACUCGCCUCGUCUGGGUGGUCUAAGAGAGCCCAUGAAAGUUAACGGGCAGAUGGACUGCCACCCUGGUGCCCAGGGUACUACCCUCAGCCCAAGUCGCCACAGUAAUGUCAAAAAAGUUACAGGGGUAGGAGGCACCACCUACGAGAUAUCAGUAUGAGCUGAAACAUCUCGUCCACUUCCAACUCCGACGGCAACCACUCUGCCGCAGCAAGAUUCUCUCCCGUUACCUUUGUGGAGUCUAGCACCUGCUUUGGAGUUAUUGUAUAAUCAGAGGAUCUGUCUGUCGGCCCUAGUGUGGGUUUGUCUUGCCAAAAACCAGUGUUUGUUUCUUUGUACCGGAGGGCACAGCGGUACGUGUGAGGACUGUCUCGUCAACAUUUCAUGGCUCGUCAUUGACCGUUCAGUGGAAGUGUUGUUCCCAUUGUCAUAAAGCGUAUGUCGUCCCUUCACUCCGGUAUGUGCUGAAGACUAAACUUGACUGAUGUCUUCCGCAAAAAGAAUGUCCAUUUCCAAGACAUCAAGGUGCUUCACAUUAAUGUGUACCGUUGACGUCAUCUCCAGUAUGUUUGGUGGAGGUGCAGCUUUGAGAAAACAUUGUGUAGGCAACAUGACAAUAGCUUCAUGUCACAUCUGGUGGUUGAAUUUG